AUUAAUUACCUAUUUUAAAUGACCCUAGGAAAAACAACCCCCACUCUCCUCUUCUCUUCUCUUCAGCUCGUCUUUCUCUUCUUAGCUCAACUACCCUUCUCUUUCUGCUCGAUCUCUCUCCUCUAGAAUUGAUCUGAGCGGAGCUGUAUUGAUGCUUCUUAACGUGCAACUGUGUUCUAGUUUGCAGCUGUUAACGUUCUUGUUUAGCUUGAUCGGUUCCUCAUUUAUUGUCUUCUUAUCAAGAUUUUGUUUUUAAAUUAUUAUUGUGAUUGAUUCAACUACUUCUGUCUCCCAAUGUACUUCGUUUCUUCAUUCAUUUAGGAUGGUAGCUUCUGUUUGCUGCUGGUGAUUGGGAAAAUGGUAUUAAGGUUGGGGCUUGGAAGUGGGCUUGACAUGAAAGGCGUGCAAUCGAAAUUUGGAGUGGGGGUUAUUGUCGUCAUAUCCCUAGGGAUGAUCUUGGCUGGUCUUCUUGGUUUGUUGAGACCAAUAUCAAAUGGUUGUGUCAUGACAUAUAUGUACCCCACUUACAUUCCUAUUUCCAAGUCAGAAAAUGCAACUUCUGCACGGUAUAGCUUAUAUCUGUACCAUGAAGGCUGGAGAAAGAUUGAUUUUAACGAUCACCUUAAAAAGCUUAAUGGUGUUCCUGUUCUUUUCAUUCCAGGCAACGGGGGAUGCUACAAACAGGUCAGAUCACUAGGUGCUGAAUCUGACAGGGCUUAUCAAGGAGGUCCACUUGAAAUGAAUUUGUACCAAGAUUCAUCAAGUUUGGGAGAGCAAGUGGGUGUAGACUUGUUGGACAUUAUAUUACCCACUAAAUAUGCUUCAAUGCUGAAUUGGUUUGCAGUGGAUCUUGUGGGUGAACACUCUGCAAUGGAUGGUCGAAUACUUCAAGAUCAAGCAGACUAUGUAGUAUAUGCCAUUCACAGGAUUCUGGAUUUAUAUAAAGAAUCCCGUGAUGCUCGAGCAAAAGAAGGAAGUUCUAUAGCUAGCAGUUUACCUAAGAGUGUGAUUUUGGUUGGUCACUCCAUGGGUGGUUUUGUUGCUAGAGCUGCAGUGGUGCACCCCUAUUUGAGAAAGUUUGCUGUUGAGACUAUUCUGACUCUUUCUACUCCACACCAGUCUCCUCCAUUGCCGUUGCAGCCAUCAUUGGGCCAUUAUUAUGCACAUGUGAAUCGUGAAUGGAGGAAAGGCUAUGAAGUUCAAACUUCUCAAGAGGGACACUACCUGUCUGGUCCUUUCCUUUCUCAUGUUGUCAUUGUCUCCAUAUCUGGUGGCUAUAAUGAUUAUCAGGUGCGCUCAAGUUUGGAGACCCUUGAUGGCAUUGUUCCUCCUACACAUGGAUUUAUGAUAAGUAGCACUGGCAUGAGGAAUGUCUGGUUGUCAAUGGGCCACCAGGUUAUCUUAUGGUGUAAUCAGCUAGUUGUUCAAGUAUCACAUACUCUCCUGAGUCUAAUAGACACAAAGACAGCUCAACCAUUUAAUGAUGUACAGCAAAGACUUGGAAUAUUUCUGAAAAUGCUUCAUAGUGGAAUCCCACAGAACUUCAUUUCACAUGGACUACAACAGCUACCGCAAACGUCUGGCCAUUUUCCUAAGGAAAUCGGAAAGACCAUUUCUGGAUCACAAGUUCUCAGGUUUUCGGGCUGCCCAACUAAUAGCCACUGGAAUGAGGAUGGACUUGAAAGAGACCUCUAUAUCCAUACAAAUACUGUCACAGUUUUAGCAAUGGAUGGGAGAAGACGGUGGUUGGACAUUCAGAAACUGGGUGCAGAAAGGAAAGAUCACUUUGUUUUUGUCACAAAUCUUUCACCUUGUUCUGGUGUGCGACUCCAUCUUUGGCGAGAAAAGGGAACUUCAGCUGCAGAAAUUUCAGCUUCUGAAAGUGUAGUUGAUGUAACAUUAAAAAUGAUCCAGAUUCCAUCUGGACCAGCUCCAAGGCAGAUUGAGCCAGGUAGUCAAACUGAGCAAGCUCCUCCUUCUGCAGUAUUUUGGUUGGGCCCUGAAGAUAUGCAUGGUUAUAGGUUCCUGACAAUAUCCGUGGCCCCUCGACCGAGUGUUUCAGGUAGACCGCCACCAGCAGUUUCUAUGGGGGUUGGGCAAUUUUUCAAUCCAAAAGAUGGAGAACAUUUAUUCUCAAGCUACCAGCUGGUUCAUUCUUUAAUUUCAAACAAGGAAGUGAACUUGAAGGAGGACCAUCCUCUCACUCUCAAUUUUACAUUCUUAGUUAGCUUAGGGCAUCUUCCUGUUUCAUUAUCUCUUACACCUACUGGCUGCGGAAUAAAAAGGUCAGAAUUUGAAGCAUCCGAAGAUGCAGAAAAUAGUAGGCUUUGCAAGCUACGGUGUUUCCCUCCCGUGGCACUAGCUUGGGAUGUGACCUCUGGUUUGCAUGCAUUUCCAAAUUUGAAUUCAGAAUCAAUUGUUGUGGAUUCCUCCCCAGCACUCUGGACUUCUUCUCAACAGUCUGAUAAGACAACUGUUUUUGUACUGGUAGAUCCACAUUGUUCAUAUAGAAGUACUGUUCAUGUUUCUAUUGCUGCUGCUGCUGCUAGAUUCUUGCUUUUAUAUGUGUCACAGAUUCUUGGCCUUUGCGUUGCUGUUGUGUUUUUCGCUUUGAUGCGGCAGGCACAUGCAUGGGAAGUUGAUCAGCCCAUACCAUCAUUGCUAUCUGCUGUUGAAUCAAACUUGAGAAUGCCAAGGCCAUUUAUAUUUCACAUCACUUUACCAGUUAUUCUUGCUGUGCUCAUUUCAUGCCUCAUUUAUCAAUCUGACCCUCCAACUCUAAGUUUUGUUUUUGUCUCCAUAUUCUGCUUUAUUUGUGCUAAUGGAGUGAUAGCUGUUCUGAUACUACUUUCCCAAAUGGUUUUCUAUGUGGCUGGAAUCAUCCAUGUAUCCAUCAAGAAACGGUCACAAAUGUGGGAAGGGACUUCUUGGUUUUCCUGUAUGCAGUGGCUAAUCAAUUUUUCCUGCACCCUUGCAUCAAUUAAGGUGAUAAGGGUUUUAAGGGGUAAUCCUCUGCUUAUUACAUCAUUGCUUGCGAUUUCCUUGGCAUGUUUUGUGCAUCCGGCACUGGGUCUCUUUGUUUUGCUCUUCUAUCAUGCUUUAUUCUGCCACAGCAGUAUGUCAAGUUUUUUGAUGGCUUCAUUUCGCAGUAGUGUCCAUAGCAAGGAGUUGUAUGAAACCUGCACCAGUAGCCCAAAAUCAACAAGAAGUUAUGGUGACACACAAUUGGAGAUCUUCUACCACCAGCAUGGUUUGCUUAUUUUACACUUGCUUGCAGCAUUAAUGUUUGCCCCUUCUCUUGCUGCCUGGAUUCAGGUUGGGAUCCCCAUGGUUCCAUGGCUUUCAGAUUCUCUACUCUGCAUUGGUGUGAUCCUGCAUGGCUUAUGUGAUUCAAACCCGGACUUUAAUUUCUUUGUGUUUCCAAUCCCAGGCGGGAUCCUAUUUGGGCAAAUCAGGCUAAGUUAUGCUUACCUGGUUGCUGGAUACUCUUGCUACCUAGCUGCCUUGGCAUUGGCUCCAUACAUGGCUUUAUAUGUGAUGGCCGCUGUUGGAACAUUUGCCUUCACUUUUAGGGCCAUCCAUAGAAGGCACAGAGAGAAGGGCGAGACUCAUCACAAGAGCCGGAAGCAUUCUCACAAACAUUGAUUGUACGAACACUGACUGACUGACUAUACUGUACUGUAUCCCAAAAUUUUGAUGAGACGUCUCAUUAUUUUGUCCA